AUGACGGACCUGACCAAACCAGACCGCCAGAAGCUGAUGUGCGCCAUCACGCUCGACGCCCACAACCGGGACGUGCAGGAGCGGCUGGUCACUGAGAAGGUGGUCAGGCCAGACGCGUUCCAAUGGCAGAGCAUGCUGAAGAGCUACUGGGAGGAUGAGGGCAGCAACGCCCGGAUGUGCAUCUGCGACGCCACGCUGGAGUAUGCCUACGAGUACCUCGGCAACGGAGGACGGCUCGUCGUGACCCCGCUCACGGACCGGAUCUAUGUCACGGCGACGCAGGCCCUGCACCUCUGCAUGGGCUGUGCCCCCGCCGGCCCCGCCGGCACGGGCAAGACGGAGAGCACCAAGGACCUGGCGAACGCGCUGGCCAGGGCCUGUUACGUGAUCAACGCCGCGCCAGAGAUGGACUACGUCACGCUCGGUAACAUCUUCAAAGGCCUCGCGGCCAGCGGCUCCUGGGGCUGCUUCGACGAGUUCAACCGCCUCGUGCCCGAGGUGCUCUCGGUCUGCACCGUGCAGUUCAAGGCCGUCUGCGACGCUCUGAAGAAGCAGGCGAAGCGCUUCCUCAUUCAGGGCGACGAGAUGAGCCUCGACACUGGCGUCGGCGUGUUCAUCACCAUGAACCCGGGCUACCUGGGGCGCUCCGAGCUCCCGGAGGGCCUCAAGGCGUUGUUCCGCCCCAUCACCGUGAUGGUGCCCGACUUCAUGCUCAUCAUGGAGAACAUGUUCAUGGGCGAGGGCUUUCUCUCUGCCAAGGAGCUGGCGCUGAAGUUCGCCACGCUCUACGCGCUGAACAAGGACCUCCUCUCGAAGUCGAACAAGUACGACUGGGGCAUGCGCGCCAUCAAGUCCGUGCUCGUCGUCGCUGGCGGCUUCAAGCGCGCGGAGCCUGGCCUCCAGGAG